UGUGUGUGUUUCGUGUGUACGUGAUCGCUCGUUGAAUGUUGUAUUUGUAGCGCUCACUGUUCUUUCUGCCUGAUUUGGACGAAAAUCUCUCAAGAUUUCGUUAAAACCGAAUGACAGACAACGCGUGUAAUUCCUCCGGGAUGGCAAAGUAUCAUACACUAUUUGUUUUGUAUCUGGGGAUGCUGCUAAUAGUUUUUGUUCCAUCAGUAAGUGACAGCACUCAACCUUCAAGUUCUAUUUUGGGACCAAAUGGUGUGAAUUGUAUUACAAGGACAGAAGUCCAUGAAAUCUUCUACGACCAUAUAGAUGGACAUGGCCUCCAGUGUCCUUGUACAUUCUGUAGACCUGGAGAUGUUCUCAUCAAGAAUUGCACAUGUGAUCCACUUAAUUUGGAACUGCCCCAAAUGUCAGAAUGUAAACAUGUGCCGAUAGGUCAGUUUAUGAACUCUUCUAACUUCUGUAGCCGAGGUUUUAAGUGCAAGAAAUGCCUACAUCCUUUGGAAGUGACACACGACUGUAGACCCCGUGGACCUGAUACGGUGUGUGGCUGCGUUGAUGGAUACUACAUGACAUCACCAGAUACAUGUUUGCCUCUCCCAAAAUGUGACGCGGAAUACGAACCAACUCCAGGACAUGGAGCUGAUGGCACUGAAAUCCGAUGUACACGUUGCCAUGUGGGUUAUUUUCAGCCAAAUAACAACAGCACCCGAACAUGCAAGAAAAUAAGCUGCACCGUGCGACAGGGUACCCCUCGCUCGGAUGCAGUGUGUCUUAAUGACCGAACGCCGGAACCAAUUCAACAACCUACAACUGGAACGCUGGAACCAAUUCAACAACCUACGAUUGGUUAUGUAACAACUGAAGAACCCAUUGAGCCUGAUAAACCCAGUGUAACUACUACCCAAGAACCAACACCAGGAUAUGAUGAGAUUACCCCAGUCGGGAACACAACACAUCCUACUACCAAAGACACAGAUGGACCGGACAGAGCACCUUGCCAUCCACAAUGGAACUUUUGGAAUUUUUUUUCGUAUAACCUUCAUGGUUUUCUGUGGGGCAUUCUUCUUUCCAAUUGGAGGACUAUUUGGAAAUUCGUUCGAUCACGCAUCCAAAGAGGUUCAUACAGCUUGGCUGAAGACAGGCCAGAAGAGGAAAAGAAUGCUGUAGAUGAAAUAGUCGGACAAAGAGUGUGAAGUUACGUAGACCUGCCUCAUACUUCAAGUUUUCUUGUGUACAUGUCCAAAA